AUGAGUUUCCGUGGUGGUCGAGGAGGUGGCGGUGGUGGAAAUAGCUUUUUGAAAAGUCUACCGUUUGGUCUUGAUUACAGUGAUGUUUCCACGUAUGAUACCACAGAUAUACCGAGUAUUCCGCUGCCCGUUAACAAUCCCAUAAGUUCGAAAGAUAGAUCAUUGGCUGUGAGAUAUAUCAAGCUUGGGCAAGUCAUAAGAGAUGGACCUUUCUACACUGGGGCUAUUACUCUGGCGACCGAUGACACCAGCGGUGAAACCGACGGCAGGAAGGGCAAGAAGACUUUGAUUGAAGAAGAGGGUCGAAAAGAUGGAAUUGAGCGCUAUUCCGAUAGAUUCUUGAAGAAACGAAAGAUAGGCGCAUCGAUCGAUGACCACCCUUUCCAUUUAGAGGUUUUCCCCAAGGAACUGUUCAGUGUCAUGGGCAUAAAUAAGAAGAAACUGCUCAGUAUAUCGAAGUUUGACAACACAGAUAAUAUCUUCACUGGCGGAGCGCAAGAUGAAAACGCAGCCAUGAACAUGCUGGAGAAAUUGAAAGCGCUUGCUGAAGAUGAGGAUGACGAAGCUGCGAAGGACGAAGAAGGUGGGAAGGAGGAGGAGGCCAUCGACGAAGACUUUGAAGAAGACGAAGACGACGACGAUGAUUAUAAUGCUGAGAAAUACUUCAACGAUGGAGACGAUGACGAUUACGGCGGAGAGGAGGACUACGGUGACGAGCCCGCUUUCUGA